CCCAGGUUCAGGCAGAUAGAUGGUAGGGGGACAUCACCUGGGACCUUGGCUGAGUGCUGAAAUGCUCAGCCGGGAAGGUGGUGUUGAGGAGGGGGGUGCGAUGGGGUGGAGCAGGGUGGACAGGAGCUAUAGGAGUGCUGGCUCUUGUGCUGUGAGCCAGGUGAGGGUCCAGCCAUCCCAAGUGACUUGGCUGUCUGUCCUUGCUGCCUCCCAGAAUGCCUCCUACCUUGCUCGUCCGGAUGCUGACCUGCCCGUGUGCUUCCAGCAGACCGUGCUGGUCUGGGUCCCCCUUGGCUUCUUCUGGAUUUUGGCUCCAUGGCAGCUCCUGCCCUUGUGUAAAUCCAGAGCCAAGAAAUCAUCUGUGACCAAACUUUACAUCAUCAAGCAGGUGCUGGCUGCCUUGCUGAUGCUGACAGCAGUGGCAGAGUUGGCCCUGGCAUUUGCAGAGGACACAGAGCAGGACCCCCUGCCAGCUGUCCGGUACACAAACCCCAGCCUGUUCAUCGCCACCUGGCUCUUGGUCCUGCUGAUCCAUGAUGCACGACGCUUCUGCUUGUGCAGAGACUCGGGAAUACUUUUCUGCUUCUGGACACUGUCCCUGCUGUUUGGGAUAUUGCCAUUCCAGUCACUCCUCCGGAGGGCCCUGCAGGCACCAAUCUCCGACAUGCCACAGUUUGUCCUUUUCUUCAUCUCCUAUGGGCUCCAGCUGCUGCUCUUCCUUGUCUCGGGCUUCUCGGAUGUUGCCCCAGAAACAAAGGAAAUUGGGAAGAAGAACCCAGAGGUGACAGCCUCCUUCCUGAGCUCCAUCACCUUUGAAUGGUACACCAGCAUGGUUUUCAAGGGCUAUCGCAAGCCCUUGGAGAUAGAGGAUAUCUGGGAAUUGAAAGACAAAGACAAGACGCAGGCUAUUUACGCUGUUUUGGAGAAGAACAUGAAGACUGCAGUGAGGAAGGCCCAAGCAGAACUGGAGAAACGGAAACGCAAGAAAAGACGCCGGGAAGGUGACCCAGACCAUGGGAACAACAUGAGCAAGGCCCAGAGCCAAGACAUCCUGGUGCUGGAGGAGAAGCAGACGAAGAGGAGGAAGAAGAGAGACAAAGGGGACUCUGUCCCUCGCAAGGAUUUCCCCAGGGGUUGGCUGGUGAAAACCCUGUGCAAGACCUUCUGGCAGAACCUCCUGCUAUCAGUGGCUUUCAAGCUAGUGCAUGAUGGGCUUGUGUUUGUCAGCCCCCAGCUGCUGAAGUUGCUGAUCACCUUUGUGUCGGAUGAGGAGUCCUUUGCUUGGCAAGGUUAUCUGUACGCCAUCCUGCUCUUCCUGACGGCGCUGAUCCAGUCCCUCUGCCUGCAGCAGUACUUCAGCUUGUGCUUCCAGCUUGGCAUAAAUGUGCGUGCCAGCCUCAUCGCUGCCAUCUACAAGAAGGCACUCACCAUGUCCAGUGCCACCCGCAAGAAGUCCACGGUGGGAGAGACUGUGAAUCUGAUGUCAGCUGAUGCCCAGAGGUUCAUGGACAUGGCCAACUUCGUUCACCAGCUGUGGUCAUCCCCCCUGCAAAUUAUCCUGUCCACUGUCUUCCUGUGGGGAGAGCUGGGCCCCUCUGUCCUGGCUGGCAUCGCAGUCAUGGUGCUGCUCAUCCCCAUAAAUGGGUUCCUGGUCGCCAAGGCCAAAGCCAUCCAGGUGAGGAACAUGAAGAAUAAGGAUGAACGCAUGAAAAUAAUGAGUGAAAUCCUCAAUGGAAUCAAGAUCCUGAAGCUUUUUGCCUGGGAGCCCUCAUUUGAGAAGCGAGUCAAUGAGAUCCGCGCACGCGAGCUCAAGGACUUGGUGAACUUCAGUUACCUGCAGUCGAUUUCUAUCUUUGUGUUCACAUGUGCCCCCUUCCUGGUCUCCUUGGCCAGCUUUGCUGUCUACGUACUGGUGGAUGAGAACAACAUCCUGGAUGCACAGAAGGCCUUCACUGCCAUCUCCCUUUUCAACGUGCUGCGCUUCCCCAUGGCCAUGCUGCCCCUGGUCCUCUCUUCCCUAGUGCAGGUCAGCCCUCGCAUAGGGCAGAGGAUGCAGGGGGGAUCUAAUGGUACCUCUGCCCAAACCAGCACAGAGGGCUGAGGCAGCGCUGUGCGUUUCUCGGAGGCCACGUUUGCCUGGGAGCAGGACGGCAACGCUGCGAUCAGAGAUGUCACCCUGGACAUCGCGCCUGGCAGCCUGGUGGCCGUGGUGGGAGCUGUGGGCUCAGGCAAAUCUUCGCUGGUGUCAGCCAUGCUUGGGGAAAUGGAGACUAUCAAGGGACACAUCAACAUCCAGGGCUCCCUGGCCUAUGUCCCCCAGCAGGCCUGGAUCCAGAACGCCACACUGAAAGACAACAUCCUUUUUGGGUCAGAACUGGACGAAGCCAGGUAUCAGCAAGUCAUCAAGGCCUGUGCUCUCCUUCCAGACCUGGAACUGUUGCCUGCAGGAGACCAGACAGAGAUUGGAGAGAAGGGCAUUAACCUGAGUGGGGGCCAGAAGCAGCGAGUCAGCCUGGCCCGGGCGGUGUACAGCAACGCAGACAUCUAUGUCCUGGACGACCCUCUGUCUGCCGUGGAUGCUCACGUCGGCAAGUACCUCUUCGACCAUGUGCUGGGGCCAAAAGGGCUGCUGCAAAAGAAGACACGGAUCUUGGUGACGCACAGUAUCAGUUUCCUGCCCCAGGUCGAUAACAUCGUGGUGCUGGUGGCAGGAGCGGUGUCUGAGCAUGGCUCCUACAGCACCCUGCUUGCAAACAGGGGGGCCUUUGCCCAGUUCCUGAACUUGUACGGCAGCCAAGAGGAGGAUGCUUCAGAGAAAAAUUCCACAGCUGCUGCUUUAGCUGGGGAUGAAGAGCAGGGUGAUGAAGACGUUGAGCCUUGUGUGGAGGAGGGCCCUGAUGAUGUGGUGACCAUGACCCUGAAACGAGAGGCCAGCAUCCAUCGGAGAGAUUUCAGUCGCAGCCUUAGUAAAAGCAGCACCAAUUCCUGGCAGAAGGCCCAGGAGGAGCCCCCCAAGAAGCUGAAGGGCCAGCAACUGAUCGAGAAAGAAACUGUGGAAACUGGCAAGGUGAAGUUCUCCAUGUACCUGCGGUACCUGCGUGCUGUUGGCUUGUGGUAUUCUUUCUGGGUUGCCAUGGGCUACGUUGGACAGUACGUUGCCUUUGUGGGGACCAACCUGUGGCUCAGCGUCUGGACUGAAGAUGCGCAGCGCUACCUGAACCAGACCUAUCCUGUGGAGCAGCGAGACCUGCGGAUCGGUGUCUUUGGGGCACUGGGGGUGUCACAAGCUCUCUUCCUGCUCUUUGCAACCAUGCUGUCUGCUCAUGGUACCAUGCGAGCCUCCCGGGUUAUGCAUCAGCAAUUGCUCAGCAACAUCCUGCGUGUGCCCAUGAGCUUUUUUGACACGACCCCGACUGGCCGCAUUGUGAAUAGGUUUGCCAAGGACAUCUUCACAAUAGAUGAGACCAUUCCCAUGUCCUUCCGCAGCUGGCUCUCCUGUUUCAUGGCCAUCAUCAGCACAUUGCUCAUGAUCUCCCUGGCCACCCCAUUCUUUGCUCUCGUUAUCAUUCCCCUGGGUAUCCUCUACUAUUUUGUGCUGCGCUUCUAUGUCUCCACGUCACGCCAGCUACGGCGUCUGGACUCUGUAACUAGGUCUCCCAUCUACUCCCACUUUGGUGAGACGGUGUCAGGCCUUUCCGUGAUCCGGGCCUAUGGACACCAAGAACGGUUCCUGAAGCAGAAUGAGCGCACCAUGGACAUCAAUCAGAAAAGUGUUUACUCCUGGAUAGUCUCAAAUAGGUGGCUGGCCAUCCGCCUGGAGUUCGUUGGGAGCCUGGUGGUCUUCUUCUCUGCACUUCUAGCUGUGAUUUCAAAGGGCACUUUGGAGGGCGGCAUCGUGGGUCUUUCUGUCUCCUCUGCCCUAAACGUGACCCAGACACUGAACUGGCUGGUGCGGACAUCUUCAGAGCUGGAGACGAACAUUGUGGCUGUGGAGCGGGUACACGAGUACACAAAGGUGAAAAACGAGGCUCCGUGGGUGACAGAAAAGCGUCCACCCCGUGGCUGGCCCAGCAAAGGCGAGAUCCAGUUCAUUGACUACAAAGUUCGUUACCGACCUGAACUGGAGCUGGUUCUUCAGGGGAUCACCUGCAAUAUUGGGAGCACUGAGAAGGUUGGGGUUGUGGGCCGGACUGGGGCUGGAAAAUCCUCCCUCACCAACUGCCUCUUCCGGGUGCUGGAGGCUGCUGGAGGGACGAUCAUCAUCGACGAGGUGGAUAUAGCGAUGAUUGGCCUCCACGACCUGCGCCAGAACCUCACCAUCAUCCCCCAGGACCCCGUGCUCUUUACUGGCACCCUGCGGAUGAACCUGGACCCCUUUGACCAGUACACAGACAAGGAGGUCUGGAAGGCCCUGGAGCUGGCCCACCUGAAGCCAUACGUGCAAGACCUUCCCGAGGGGCUGCUGCAUCUUGUGAGCGAGGGAGGGGAGAACCUGAGUGCUGGGCAGCGGCAGCUCGUGUGUCUGGCCCGGGCCCUUCUCCGCAAAGCCAAGAUCCUCAUCCUUGAUGAAGCAACAGCAGCUGUAGAUCUGGAAACUGAUCAUUUAAUCCAGACAACCAUCCAGAGUGAGUUUGCUGCCUGCACUGUCCUUACCAUUGCCCACCGCCUCCACACCAUCAUGGACAGCAACAGGGUGAUGGUGCUGCAGGCCGGGAGGAUUGUGGAAUACGACAGCCCUGAGAACCUGCUCAAGAAGCAGGGCGUCUUCUCUGCGAUGGCAAAGGACGCCGGCAUCAUGAAUAUAGAAACCACGGCGCUGUAGGUGGAGCGGAGCAGCGUGCGGGUGUGUGCGUGGGCAGCUCUCUCCCGCUGGCACUCACCCUGCAGUGGGGCUGCCCAGGAAUGUGUCUCUCUGCAGCUGGGAAGCAGAGAGGGUGGCUUCUCUGGUUGCUGGGGAGAGAGGAUCUGGACAGGAGUGAGCUGUUUAACCUUGCUACCACACCCUGCCUGCUGUGCACAGGAGGGUCUGGAGCUGCGUAAUUCAUUCCAGUAUAGAGGGGAAAAUUUCUCUGUCAGGCAGGGAGACCAUGGCCCCCUGGGGGUCUUAGUUUUUGUAC